AGCAAAAGGCCGCAGGACCCCCUCCCCGCGCUGAGCCCGCCCCCUUGGGCGCGCCGCCGAACGCAGCCCGGGGGCCCGCGCCCAUGGUGAGGGCCAAGGGUGGCGGCAAGGAUGGCAAGGCGCCCCCGCGCCCCGCCCAUGGCCGGCGGAGACAGCGAUCCCCGCGCUCAAAGACAAGGAGUACAAGGAUACGACGGGAUCGAUGAGCUCGCCAAGACCACCGUGGUGAAGCCCAGCGACCUGGACGAGAAGGCGGUCAAGUACCUGGACUUCGUCCAGGCGAACGGGGGCCGUGGCAACGAGGCGUGCACUUACCUCAAGAGUGCCCUCGAGGGCAUGUCGCGCGACCACGUCUCCAACUGGAAAGCGUACGUGUACACCCUGCUGCGAGGCUUCGACGAGGAGGCCUACAAGCAGAUGAAGAUCUCGGAGGGCAAGAAGGUUAGAGAGCCACGACGAGGUGCCAAGGGGGACAAAGAGAAGAAGGAUAAGUUCCCGGUCAAAGAAUUCGCAUUCAACGUCGACGCCGCAGAGUUCGUGCCCAGCAGUUUUAAGCCGCCCCAGGCUGCGCGCGCAGGGGGGGGUCGCGGCAGGUGGUGGCGCUGUAGGCACCGGCCCUGUGUGCGGCGGGUUUUCCGGCAAGGACGUGGAAGAUCCAGACAUCAAGGCGGCCGCCGAGUUCGCGGUCGGGGCGCUGAAGAAGGAUCGAGGAAUGACAAUUUCCUGACGUCUCUUCGCUCGUGAAGAUCGCCGAGGCCAGCUCUCAGGUCGUGGCAGGCACCAACUUCAUGCUCAAGAUCCACGUGGCCUAUUCGAACGAGGAGACCAACGUCUUCUCAGUGAAGGUCUUCCGCCCCCUGCCACACACUGGCAGCCCGAUGCAGCUCUCUCAGCACGAGCACCUCGGCAAGCUGUGACGAGAUGGGAGGAUCCGAGGCGCCGCCCGCGGCGGCGCAGGACCAGGCGCAGACUCAGGAGAGGGAGGCCGAGUGGCGCCACCCAGGCCUCGGUGGGCUUUUCCGGGGCCCUGGUGGGCAUCGGCCGCGGGCCAGGCGGGGAGCCCCUGGCCACUGCCGCCGGGGCCGAACAGCCGGACCCUCGCGGGUGAUGAAGUGAUCCUCCCUCCUCCUCCUCCUGCUCCUCCUCCUCCUCCUCCGCCCUCCUCCUCCUCCCGCGAGGCAGCCAGACCCGGCCGAACACUGGGGAUUUCAAAUCUCCAGUCAUGACUAUUUUGCUCUUGUUGUUCUUGUUUCUGUGACCU